AAAGGGAUACGAUAGUUAAACUACGUAGACCAUAAUGCAACGUUGAAAGUGACAUCACUCAUAUCGACAUCGGUCUGCUGCCGGUCUGACAGCUGAGGAUUUCCAGACGGGGAAUACCGGCUCAGUACGGCCUUCUAUUAUCGAAACGUUGGAGUCUACAGUGUGUUUAAAUGGCGAAAACGUACGAUUAUCUAUUUAAACUGUUGCUCAUUGGAGACAGCGGAGUCGGCAAGACAUGUCUGCUGUUUAGAUUCAGCGAGGACUCCUUCAAUACAACCUUCAUAUCUACAAUAGGAAUAGACUUCAAAAUCAGAACAAUCGAGCUUGAUGGAAAGAGAGUCAAACUUCAAAUUUGGGAUACUGCAGGGCAGGAGAGGUUUCGCACCAUCACUACAGCUUACUAUAGAGGAGCAAUGGGCAUUAUGUUGGUCUAUGACAUCUGCAAUGAGAAGUCCUUUGAAAACAUAAAAAACUGGAUUAGAAACAUAGAAGAGCAUGCCUCGUCUGAUGUAGAGAAGAUGAUUCUGGGUAACAAAUGUGACAUGGCUGAAAGAAGACAAGUGUCCAAAGACAGAGGUGAAAAACUGGCUAUUGAUUAUGGAGUUAAGUUCUUGGAAACCAGUGCAAAGUCUAGUCUAAAUGUAGAAGAGGCUUUUUAUAACAUGGGAAGGGACAUAUUACACAAUCUGAGCUCAAAGACAACUGACAACAAUGCUGGAGGAUCAGGAAAACCAGUCAAGAUCACUGAGAAAAAGUCAAAGAGGAUAAAAUUGUUCAAGUGUUCGCUCCUCUAGGCUGCUCAGCUCUAGCGUUCAUGACUCUGGCAUGACUUUGCUGUUUCGGCGGGCUUCUACCUCCCGGCCAUCCUCGCAACAGUGGCAGCAGUGGUAAUAUUUAGAGGGCCUCAAUGUUAUCUGAAGAUCACAGGUUCACAAGUGGUUGAGAUGUCAUCCUGAUCUGCUGACCAGAUGGGGAUCAAUACGGAAUGAGGCCUGAUACUGAAUAUCCGCUCAUGCAAAAGACUUGUGCGUGAUCGUCAACGUUGGUUUGUAGGUGGCCCUGCCCUGGUCUGCCCACAGGCCAUUCUGUUGGCAUUUAUAAUACCUUUGUUGGAUCUUAUGAAAACAGACUUUAUUAAAUAUAAUAAAGUUCAAGAUAGUUGUCUUAUGAAUGGGAGGGGGGGGGGAGGUGAUUCUCAGAUUCUUUCAUAAAUUUUAGCAUUGUUUUAUUCAUACUACAUAUUGUCAUAUUUACUAUGAUGAUGCUGUUACAAAUAUUAAGUCUCAGCAUUGAUUGUAUUUGUCUGUGUAAAUUCAUGUAUACUAACAUGCCUAUAAUCUCCUGUUGCACUGGCAGCAUCUCUAUUUGUUCACGUGUGCCUCGAAGGAGUCACAGUAUUGUGCUAUUAUUGAGA